AUGUUUAAAUUCGCAAUUAUUUUCGUUAUUGGACUACUCAUAAUUCCUUAUAUUCACAGUCAAGAAACCAUCCUCACUACAGAUGCGGCGUUGUUAACAACACAAAUAACAAGCACUACAAUUACAUCACUGUUAACAUUACCAGAAUCGUCGACUGUCAAAGAUGCCACAACAACAGUGCUUGAUAUCCAGACAAAUAGUUUGUAUGGUCUUAUAUCACUUAAUUCAUCAGAGUCAUCGAAGACAAUCAUUGACUCAAUCGAUUACAAUCCAACUCUAAGAGAUUCAGUUGGAGAACAAUGUCUUCGAUUUUAUUAUUAUUUUACUAUUUAUGAUGAAGAAAAUUGGGGUCAACAGAUUCAAGCGUGGAUAAGACCUAAUAAUCAAAGUGACAAUGCAUUUCUAAUUGGAACUCUUACAAUAGAUGAUAUGGAAAAAAAUGGAUGGGAAUUACAAAAGAUAACAUUUAAUUCAACAUUCUCUAAUUACACAGCAAGAUCCUUUUCUUUUAUUGUUGGUAAAGAAAAUCGUACAGAAGAUUCUACAUCGAAUCGAACGGUUUAUUUUGCAUUAGAUGAUAUAGAAUUAUAUGAUUUUAAUUGUCCAUAUGUGGAUGAUCAUUUAAAUCCUCCAACUACAACGACUUCAACACCUAAUGUAGGAGUAACACCGCCGCCAUCAAAGACAGGAUUAACUGUUGGUCUCAUAUUGGGUCUUGGGAUCCCCGGUUUAAUUGGCAUCAUUAUUGGUGGUCUUUAUUUGAAAAAACGCAGAGAUGCCUAUCGUUUAGAAAGCUUUGAUGUUCCGAUGCUAAGUAGAGGUCUACGCGCAGCUGCUAAUAGAGUAUAA